GAGCAGGGAAGCAGGAGGGCAAUGCCCGUGGCGGUGGCUUCCUGUGGUGCACGAACUAUGGGAGCCCUCAGGCUGCAACCGCAGGAAAACAAUGAUCAGGAGAAAAUCUGGAAGACUUAAGCUGCUCCGGUGAAUAGGAAGAUUUAAAAAAUUUUACAUCUGAAGCAUCUCUGUCCCUUUUUUGAAUGGAUGAAUUCUAAGCAUGGAACUAUUAGUGACUUAAAGCAGCAACUUCUUCUUUCACUGUGCAGCUUGGAGGGGAAAAUGAAUUUCACAAAUUGCACCACUGAAGCCAACGUGGCUGCAAAGCCAAAAACAGUAACUGAGAAGAUGCUUGUUACCCUGACCUUGGCCACAAUCACAACCCUGACUAUGCUGCUGAAUUCUGCGGUGAUUGCAGCAAUCUGCACAACCAAGAAGCUCCACCAGCCGGCAAAUUAUUUAAUAUGUUCACUAGCUGUAACAGAUUUGCUUGUUGCUGUUCUCGUCAUGCCCUUGAGUAUCACUUACAUAAUGAUAGAUAAAUGGACUCUGGGAUACUUCAUCUGUGAGAUCUGGCUCAGUGUUGACAUGACCUGCUGCACGUGUUCAAUUCUUCAUCUUUGUGUCAUUGCUCUAGAUAGGUACUGGGCAAUCACAGAUGCUAUUGAAUAUGCCAGAAAAAGAACGGCAAAAAGGGCUGGGCUGAUGAUAGUCACUGUGUGGACUAUCUCUGUCUUCAUAUCAAUGCCCCCUUUGUUUUGGAGAAAUCACCACAGUGUAAAUAUUCCCAGUGAAUGUCGCAUUCAACACGAUCAUGUCAUCUACACUAUUUAUUCCACAUUUGGGGCAUUUUACAUACCCUUGACUUUGAUCCUGAUCCUGUACUACAGAAUCUACCAUGCUGCAAAGAGCCUUUACCAAAAACGGGGUUCAAGCCGCCACCUUAGCAACAGGAGCACCGACAGCCAAAACUCUUUUGCCAGCUGCAAGCUCACACAGACCUUCUGCGUCUCAGACUUCUCCACGUCCGAUCCAACCAUGGAAUUCGAUAAAAUCAACGCAUCCGUGAGGAUCCCUCCUUUCGAAAAUGACCUGGACCUGGCUGGUGACCGGCAGCAGAUUUCUACGACACGGGAACGAAAGGCUGCUCGCAUUCUGGGACUGAUUUUAGGUGCUUUCAUUUUGUCUUGGUUGCCAUUUUUCAUUAAGGAGUUGCUUGUGGGCCUUCAUAUUUGCGCUGUCUCUCCAGAGGUAGCUGACUUCCUGACCUGGCUUGGAUAUGUCAACUCCCUUAUCAACCCUUUGCUAUACACUAGCUUUAAUGAAGAUUUCAAGCUAGCCUUUAAAAAGCUCAUCAGGUGUCGAGAACAUACUUAGAAGUACUGGGAGAUGAUGAUGGCAUGACUCCUGGCCUUAAGAAUGAGUAAAACAAUUUGACUCUGUCAUCAUUUUGCUUGAUAAAGGGGAUUUUUGUGUUUGUCCAUUUGCUUGACUUCUCUUUAGCCUAUAAUUCAUUCUGCUGUUUUUAACCUCUGGUGUUAUUCAUCAUGAAGAGUUUGGAAUAAAUUUUAUUCUGCAAAGGCACAGAUUUUUUAGCAAGAAAACAAAAAAGGAACUAUUAAGUAUUCUUCUUUAAGGCAUUUUGUGUAAUCAAGGAUUCAAGAAAGAAAACAAUAUCCACAUUUUGUUUAUAUGUCUUUCAAUUAAGAAUCAAAUGCCUAAUUUAACAUGCACUACAGUAAUAUAAAGGUUUAUAAACUGAAUCCCAUAAAUACUUAUUCAAAAAUUAAUAAGGACUUCAUGGUCAUGACAGCUAAACAGUAAAUCUUUACUGUAGCAUUCUAAGA